ACACGAUGGCCUUAUCCCAAGCUAGCUUCCCUGCAAUCCGUCCCAACAAAGAGCCUCGCAAAACUGCAAGCUCGAAGCGCUGAGCGAACCAUGGCGUUAUCGCUCGUAUCCUCCCCGACCGCGUCGCUAACUCUUCUCGGCGGUGCCAGAGCCAUCACGCCGAACUCUAUCUCCCUUCCCAGGAUUCCAAUGCGCUCUCCUCCUCCCUUCCGCAGUUCCUUCUUCUCCUCCACUUCUGCCUCCCUCUCCUUCACCUCAUCUUUCUCCGGCUUGUCCUUGGGAAUUGACUUGGGUUUCAACAAGGUGGUGAUUGAAAAACGCCGCGGUUUCCAGGUGAGGGCAGGAAAGCCUGCUCUAUGUCAGACUAAAAGAUCAAGAUCUCGGAAAUCACUUGCUCGAACUCAUGGUUUUCGCAGAAGAAUGAGGACUCCUGGCGGGAGAGCGAUAUUACAGCGAAGACGAGCAAAGGGAAGGAAAGUUCUCUGCACUAAAUCAUAUCCAAACAGUGGAAAAAGGGCUUAAUGACUUGACAAAAUUCCUGUUUGAAUGAGUUAGUUGUCUGUGAUCCUAUGUCCGGAACUCUUCGCUCACAAGGAUUUGUACCUCAUCAAUGCAUGUUUUACAUUUAUUCUUGUCUUCUGAAUGUUUUAAACAAAUUGAUAGAUUUGCUUCUUGUGUGAAACACAGUCCUGCAUUGUUUUUAA